UUGAGUUUAAUCUAAAUUCAGAAGAAUCCCUGCAAAUCUAUCAAGUUUAUGAGAAUAAUUUUGAAAAUUAUAACGAUUUUGAUAAUAAUUUAGAAGUAGAUAAAUUUGGAAGUGGGUUUGAAUUGGAGGAUAGUUCAGGGCGUGAAGAUGAAUUG